AUGGCAACCAAGCGCCGCACGGCCGACCUCUCUCUGCUGGCGCUCCAACCAGGCCCUUUAGAACCUGUAUCGCAGGACACGAGCAGCCGCAAGUGGAGUUCCUCCAAGGAUUUUGGCCACGAGAAGGAGCCUCCACCGCCGCCUCCACCCCCCACCAUGGUCAACGGGCUGUCCAGGAGCGUGCCAGGCAAGGUGAUGAAGGGCCUGCGCAAGGCGAGCCUGCAGGCAGACUCGGGCGUACCGCUCUGGGAGCGCUCGAUGCUGGAGGCGACGCGCUCGGACAGCCCCGUCGGGGUGCGGCCGCCGGACUUCCCGCCCAGCGAACCGCCGCCCCCGCCGCCUCCCCCGCGAGGCGUCGGCCCCAGCAGCUCUGGCGUUCAUCCUCUGCUCAAGCAGCCCCCGCGAGCGCCCUCUUCGGCGGGCGGCUACAGCAGCGCCUCGUCGGGCUCGGCAGGGCCCCUCAAAGGCCCGGUGCCCCUGAUGGGCGGCGGACGCCUCCUGUACCCGAGUGGCGCCGCGCCGCCUCCCCCUUACCCGUGCAGCGGCGGCAGCUUAUCCUCGGCGCCCUCGUACGCCGCCUCGUCGAGCUCGGGCCGACAGAGCCCCGCCAACACGACCGUGAGCAGCAGCUGCAGCGAGUACUCGGUGGCGUCCGGGAGCUCCAAGUCGCGCGCUUUGCCGCCCGCGUACACGCCCCCGCCGGCCACGCAGUCGCCCGGUGCUGCGGGGCCUCCGCCCCCUCCGCGCCCCCUGCAGGCGUGGUCGGCGCGCCAGGCCAAAUCCCAGUCUCCUGUCAUCAUGCAGUCGGUCAAGAGUACGCAGGUCCAGAAGCCGGUCCUCCAGACGGCCAUCGCUCCCACGGCGCCGCUGACGCCGUACAACUUCGCCGCCUCGUCGACGUGCGGACCCCCGUCGGCGUCCUCCUCCAGGAUCCACGAACCGCCGCCUUACCCAAAUCAAGUUGGGGGAGGUGGCGUCGCCUCCGUCACAGCCGUCCAGCCGCCACAGCCCCAGCCACCUCCAUACGCGGCGCACAACGGCGCUCCGCCGCCCCCCUAUGCGCUGCACCGGCAGGACCCGCCGCCGCCCCCUCUUCCGCCCACCACCGUGCCCACUACAGAGCCGCCAAGCUACGCGUCUUCCGUGGUGGCACUGGCGGCGCAGAGGGCCGCGGCGGCAGCGGCGGUGUUGGGCGGCUCCAAGACACCGCUGCUCGGCUGUAGCGGGCGGACGACGUCGGUGGCCACCACGACGGCAUCCCCGGACUUAGUGACCACAGUGGCCAGCAUCUGCUCAUCACAGGUGUCGGCCCUGCAAGGAGGUGCGCCACUGGGAGCGCCAAGCAGCGCUACAGCGCCGCGUAAGGCAUCUCCCGUUGCCACAGAUACAUUGAGCUCAGCGUCGCGGUCCGAGUCGCCCGUGUCGUUUGUGUCGGUGACGUCAGCCUCGUCGCCGUCCACCCAGUCAGACUCGACCCACGACUCGGGCCGGGGUAAGACGACCCAUCAGUCACCCAUUCCCGUUCGACGGAACUGGCCCCACGAGAAGGAGGAGGAGAGACGUGCCUCCAAGGUGCGUAACUACUCUCCCGAGGCGUACAAGUUCUUCAUGGAGCAGCACAUGGAGAACAUAAUGAAGAGCCACGAGCAGAGGCAGCACAGGCGCCAGCAGCUCGAGGCCGAGAUGGCCAAGGUUGGACUGUCGGAAGAGGCCCAGCGGCAAAUCCGACACAUGCUGUAUCAGAAGGAGUCCAACUAUAUUCGCCGCAGCCGAGCCAAGAUGGACAAGUCCAUGUUCAAGCACAUCAAGCGCAUAGGAGUCGGUGCCUUUGGCGAGGUGGCCCUCGUCCGCAAACACGACACGAACCAGCUGUACGCCAUGAAGACCCUCAGCAAGGAGGACGUGCUCAAGCGCAACCAGGUGGCACACGUCAAGGCCGAGCGGGACAUCCUGGCCGAGGCAGACAACGAGUGGGUCGUCAAGCUGUACUACUCGUUUCAGGACGAGCGCAACCUGUACUUCGUGAUGGACUACAUCCCGGGUGGGGACCUCAUGUCCCUGCUCAUCCGGCUGGGUGUCUUCGAAGAGCACCUGGCACGCUUCUACAUUGCUGAGCUGGUGCUGGCCCUGGAGAGCGUCCACAAGCUGGGAUUCAUCCACCGCGACAUUAAGCCAGACAACGUGCUCAUUGACCGCGACGGACACAUCAAGCUGACCGACUUUGGACUCUGUACGGGCUUCCGAUGGACACACAACUCCAAGUACUACCAGAAGAAUGGAGAGCACGCACGCCAGGACUCCAUGGAGCCAGACAAAAACUGGUCCGAGGAUUGCCAGUGCUCACGGAGCAAGCCACUGGAGCGACGACGGAGGAGGGAGCACCAGCGCUGUUUGGCACAGUCCCUGGUGGGCACACCCAACUACAUUGCACCUGAGGUGCUAGCGAGGCACGGUUACGGACAGUCGUGUGACUGGUGGAGUGUUGGGGUCAUUUUGUACGAAAUGCUGGUUGGCCAGCCACCUUUCUUGGCCAACACACCUGGUGAGACACAGUACAAGGUGCUGAACUGGGAAACGACGCUGCAGAUCCCAAAAAUUGCUCUGCUGUCCACAGAAAGCACAGACCUAAUCCUGCGGCUCUGCUGUGGUGCGGAGCAACGGCUUGGCCGUAAUGGGGCUGACGAGAUCAAGGCGCACCCGUUCUUCGCUUCCAUCGACUUUGAGGGAGGCCUGCGAAACAAGCCGGCUCCCUACAUUCCCAACAUCCGCUACCCGGCUGACACGUCCAACUUUGAUGCCGUGGACGAUACGGUUCUCGACAAGGCCCCAGCCGCCGCGCCUGAGCCGAACGGCAGACAUCCAGAGCAUGCCUUCUUCGAGUUCACCUUCCGGCGGUUUUUCGACGACGGCGGCCAGGCAUAUCCCGUGCGGGCGGGGACAGGGGCUGCCCUUGGGGUUACGGGGUCACAAGGCAACGAGGAGGGUCUGGACGGACAGGGGUCUCCAGUUUAUGUGUGACCGAGGCUUUUCGCGGACUUAAUGCCGAAUUUGACGGGGCUGACCGCGUAGGAGGUUAUGACGCGCAUUGAAUGGCAACAGUCUUCCAUCACUGUCUUCGUGCAGCUAAUGUUGGCAGCUGAAAAAAAGCAGUGGAGCAUGUGAGGCCAUGCCCGAAGAUUGCUUCUGUUCAAGUAAAGGCUUGGUGUUUGCAUGUGUGGUCGGUCACAAGUGCUUGUGGUGGGUGACCUUGCCAUUGCUAUUGAUGCUAUCAGUGUUCCAGUUGGCGGCCAUCUACUCUCCACGUGCUGCGAAGACCCAACUGUUGGCACGCAGAUGCAGAUAGAGGAAUGUGUUAGGGAAGUCUGCCUAUGUGUAGAGUGAAACCGUUGGGAUGAUGCCACAAACAUGGGGUGGCGCUUGCCAUUCGUUAAAGGCGGCAAGAGAUGUGCAGCCAGAAGAACCUCGACUUACUUGACAGUGUUAUUAACUAAGAGCAGUCAGUCUUGAUGAAUCCAUCAAAUUGAUUGAGGUGUUCAAAGCAAUCAGAGGGCCUCGUUACUGUCAACAGUUGCGAUGAGGCAACAUUGUUGAAAGGCUGUGACCAAUUUAGCAAAAAGGAAAUGCCAACAGGUGCCUCACCAAUCUGCACAAACAAACGAACAAAAACAAAUCGUAUGCUUUCGGAAGGGACAUCGCCGCAAGAAUUCCACCACUGUAUUGCGUCAAAGCCUCUGCCUGGAUUUGAAGAGUUGCUGUGCUGUUACUGUAUUCUUUGUUUUAGGUUUUUCUUAUUGCUUUUGGAGCGAAGCAACGCCAAGUCCCGGUACUUUACUAGGGAAAGAAGAGACUCUGUUUCAAUUUCGCGGUUGGAAAAAAAGUGUACACACACUCCGCCCUUGCGCCUCUUGACCGACCUGUUCUGAUUUUUUUUUUGGUCGCUCUGGAGAUGCACUGGACUGUGAUACGUGUCGAGGCGGUUUUGUGAAGGACAUCGCCGCUUGCUACGUGUGUGGCUGGACGUCGUCUUUUUUUACCCAGGGCACGUAGACAUCAGAAAGGCACCAUUGUUGCUUGUUGUUCGCUAUUAUUAUUAAUUAUUAUAAUUACCUCUUGUAUAAUAGCUUCCACCAGCUACCUCUCCUCUUGAGGAGUCCAAGCCCUCUGUGUUAUUUAUUUGAUUUGCAAGGAAUUUUUGAAGAAGUCUGUGAGUGCCUGUCAUCUAUCUCUCUUUGUCAGUUUGCUCUCCCCUGUCUUCUUUCAAUAUCUUUUGAGGUGUGUGUGGUCUCGGUGUGUGGUGAACCACAGCUCGUUGUUUCUUUGAAGGGUUGGGGGGAUUUGAUGCAGCAGAAUUGUGGCAGAAAGGCUGAGGCAGAAACCAAGCAGCACCAUGGUCUUGUGUCCUUUCUUGUCCUAUCUUUCUGCCACUGUUUUUCACUUGUAAUCCUGAACCAGCCAGCCCAAAUGUGUACCCUUCUACCAACUUGAGUGAGGACAUCCCUGUGCAUUGUAACAUGUGGCAUUUGUACAAGGAGAGUGCCUUCUCUGAAAUCUUCAGCAGUUGGUGCAGCCCAUUGCACCGGUGCUUAUGUAGCUGGCAUUCUGGCCUGAACGCAAUUCUAUACUCUAUCUACCUGUCUAAGCAUAUAACCCGCCAUGCUGCUAAGCUUGAGGGUGCAGGCUCAAUUCAAUGGGGUCAAAAUGCAAAGAACACCUGAGUGCUUAGUGCACGUGAACAGGUGGUCAACAUUAGUCCCCCACUACAACAUUGUAAAACAUUGCCUCUAAAUAUCUAGCUUGAUCUUGUGACAUGUGGCAUACAGUGUACAGGGUGUCCCAGCUAUUGAGCACCAAGAUUUUAAGAAAGAAUAACUGCAUUAUGAGCCCACAUUGUUCCUGGUACACUGGAGCAGCCAUUAGUAAUGUUUUAAUCAGAUUUAAUUAGAUACAAAUUUUUAACUUAAUAAUUACUCGUAAUUAUCCAAAUUCCAAUGAGGAUCUGUAGAUAUUUUUAAGGGGCAUUUAACUGCCACUUUCAGCAACAUAUUGUGACUACGCUUCCAUCUGCAUAAGAAAGCAGUGCUCUCAUAUGAGCUUAUUGCGAGUACUACUAACCGUUUUGCCUGACGGCAUUCUAUACCUUAAUGAUGGCAUCGAAUGAGUGCCAGCAUCUGUCGUGAUUUCUGGGCGAUUCCUUACAGUGGACCGUAUUCGUCAUCCAUAUCUCGCGGAUCCCGUGGACACGCUGCUGUUCUGACUAGGUAUGGCCUGACAUUGUGAAUCGUUUUCUGUGGCGAUAGAUAAAAAGGAUUCAUGCACACUACCAAGACAGGGACGGAGGGGGGCACACACACGAGCGCUGACUCACAACUGAGUCGGCGCUCAUGCAUGUGCCCCCCUCUGUCUUCUCGCACUGUUUUUCGUUGCAAUUCUACAAAACCUAUUAGCAAUAGCUAGCUUCACACAAAUGAUAUGUUGCUUUGGCCGGGGCAUGGUCAAUGAAGCUCUAUCACUUUUUUUCCCCUGCAUUCUUUGUUAACACUGGAUACCCUGGUAUAAACCAGUGCCCUCAAACACCAGGAUACCCUGGUGUUUGAGGGCCCUGCUUCCCGAUGCACAUCACAUGGUAGUCGCGUGGUAUUUUCAUAUUUUGCGGGCUGAACAAUUAGUAUGUUGCUGAACAUAGCUCUUGGAUGUCCCUUAAGUAUACCUAUAGAUUCCUCAUUGGGAGAGUAUUUCUCAAGUUAGAAAACUUACUACAAUUAAUUAACGGGUUAAAAUAGUGGUGGCUACUCUAGUGCACUGAGAACCAGGUUGUCUUUGCAUAGCGCAGGAUAGCUGGGGCACUGUGCCUAGUGACAGUGCACGGGCGUUCACUCCUUGAAGGCCUUUCGAGCAGUUGCACGUUUGAGCAUUUGUGGGAAGACGUUUUUGUUUGAUGAAAGGAAGGCACUUGAUGCAUGCCAAGCAUGGAACAAAUGAUCUUGCUUGUGACAAUAAUCUUUGAGGGGCUUGUCUAUUGGCUGGUUGUUUUGGUGCAUGUCCAGCUGACAGGUUCAGCAAGGUAGGGCCAUUGCUAGGUGUGGCUUGCCCUGCGGAAAUUUCGCUACUGUCUUCAGUUGAUAUGUUUGGCUGGCUGCAGUCCUUGUGCCUCUUCAUUGGGGCCCAUCUAGACUGCAUUAUCAUUAUGAACAAGAAAUAAUGUGCCCCCAAUCACAUCUUGACCCAAGAGCUUAUUAAUGGCUGCCGGCACAGCUGUUAAUUGCCUGAGCUCGCCUUCAGCAACGUAGGAAAUAUUGCGUGAUCAAUCCAUUUGCACUGUGUCAUUAACAGCAGCUCUUCAAAAGUCUUGCCUUUGUUACGCUAAGAAUUCUUUCCCUUUGGUUCCUUCAUAUUGUCAUCGCCUGUUGUAGCAAGUGGCCAAUACUGGCAUUAAGAAAGAGUUAGGUCAACAUUGGACAUAGCAUGUAAAAAAAUGUUUCCUUUUUUACAUUUUUCGUUUCAAAAUUAGUAGAAAAUAACCGUAUUUUCCUUUGCUAUAUCAUGUUAUUCACUACAAUUCUGUGUUCACUAUAAUCAGCUUCUGCUGUAGUUGCAGUGAUUUUUGAAAGUGCCCAUCUCCUCACUUCUUCCCAUUAAGGAAAGAAACCUGAAAGAAUGUUCUAUUAAACUGGUGCAGCGUUUAGACAGGAAUUUGUAUGUUCAAGCUAUAUAAGACUUACGACAUUGUCGACUCUGCCGGUCUGCAAAGUUGUGUUAAGCAGGCGAAUAUGCUCAUAUCAGAACACAAAAGAGACUAGUUGUGCCUUCAGUCCUUAUAUGUUGUUAGUGUGCCUGUGCAUACGUGCCAAAUUUGGAUUUGUAGCCGGCUGUUGCAAUCUCUGUAAAGAAAGCAACGCAAAGAGAUGAUGAUGUGGUUGCGAGCACGAGGUUGUAGGCUUGAUUCUUAGCUGUGGAAAACACGUCUUAGUUAGGGCAGGCAUUAAGAGUACUUGGAUUCGAGUGCAUGCUGAGGUAUUUCAGGUGAUCAAACUAGCCCUGUUGUCAGUUAUAUUGCCAGCAUUAAUCCGAAGCACCAAGCUACAGUGUCCUCGCAUAGC